CCACCACCGCAGCGACCGUGCCUCUCCAGAGCCAGAGCUUAAGGAGGGCGGAGCCGGAGGCAAGGAGGCCAGAGGCUGAGAGCACCGCGUGGGAGGACUACGCAGGGCCAGGCGGGGGUGCGGGCGUUGCACAAAGGUGCAGGGCGCAGAGCUGGUGGUUGCAAGGCAGUGCAGAGCCGGCGUUGGUGCACAAGGCAGCGAGGGCGCAGAGUAGGGUGCAGAACACUGCACUGGGCGUUGCAUUGGGCGUUGCACUAAGAGGUGCGGGGCUCUGGGCAUUGAACUGGAGGUGCAAUACACUGGGCGGUGCACAAGGGCGGUGCGGGGCGCAGGGCAGCUGACAGCGUCAUCAGGCGGGAGCAGCGCGCGCUCCGCCUCAGCAGCCACCGCAACGCGCUGCGCGCAGCGGGUCCCGAGCAGCGCUUGGAGACUUGCGGUGCUGAGCCGGCUCUCCCCAGGCAUCUCCUGGUCAGUAGCUGGACUUGUGAAGCAACAUGCCGGAACAGAGCAAUGACUACAGGGUGGCUGUGUUUGGGGCAGGUGGUGUUGGCAAGAGCUCCCUCGUUUUGAGGUUUGUGAAAGGGACCUUCAGGGAGAGCUACAUCCCAACGGUGGAAGACACCUACCGGCAGGUCAUCAGCUGUGACAAGAGCAUAUGCACACUGCAGAUCACCGACACUACUGGGAGCCACCAGUUCCCGGCCAUGCAGCGGCUGUCCAUCUCCAAAGGCCAUGCCUUCAUCCUGGUCUACUCCAUCACCAGCCGGCAGUCCCUGGAGGAACUCAAGCCCAUCUACGAGCAGAUCUGUGAGAUCAAGGGGGAUGUGGAGAGCAUCCCUAUCAUGCUGGUGGGGAACAAGUGUGAUGAGAGCCCCAACCGUGAGGUGCAGAGCGGUGAGGCAGAGGCCUUAGCACGCACGUGGAAGUGCGCCUUCAUGGAGACGUCGGCCAAGCUCAACCACAAUGUCAAGGAACUCUUUCAGGAGCUCCUCAACCUGGAGAAGCGCAGGACCGUGAGCCUCCAGAUCGACGGCAAGAAGAGCAAGCAGCAGAAGAGGAAGGAGAAGCUCAAGGGCAAGUGUGUGGUCAUGUGAGAGGCCCUCCUUACAGAAGGAGCUGCUGCUGCCCUUAGGGUUUCUCUACCCCUCCCCCUUUGAACCCCAUCGUUGUCAGGGCAGCAUGUCUGAUGCCCGUGUGUUAAACAUUGCAUUUGGCUGCAACACACCCUGCAAUGUCCUCCAGAGGCGUUCCAUACACCCCACCAGCCCACCCCUCAGGAGUUUCAGAAUCUGCGAUGCUCUCAGCAUCCCAGAAAGCUGAGGCCGGUCCUGAGCGGGCUUUGGCCACUUGAAGGAGAGGGGACUCAGAGCCGUGGACACAGGAGGGACUGAGAGUACUGGGUUAAGCAUGUGCGCAUGACAACUGGUUAGCCCAUAGCUACAGGUACCAUCCCACAUCAGGCAAUGUAGUUCAGAUGCCACUAACAUCUCUGGGGGGAGACGCAGACAGUUGAAGGAGGUGAGAAACUAGUGGGUCCAACAUGGGCUCGUGGACCUCAGUGGUUCCAGUUAACGCAUUUUUAGUGGGGUUGGAGAGAAAACACCAUAGCCCCCUCCAAGUGAUGCUCAUGCUAUUCCUACUGACACACCUGAGGGCUGCUCUCAUCUCCUCAAAGCCUUCUUAGCAAGUACUGUGUCAGCCUGUUAAGAGUAUAUACACUUCACAUGCAAUGCCAAGGCCACUUGUGGCAUGAUGCUGUGUCAGCACUUUUUUGGUUUAGUUUUGGU